CCCGUUAACAGCCUCAUAAAAUAGAGUGAAUCGCCAGGAUUUUCCGGUUACUGACAGAAUUGAACAGCUUCUCCUCAAAAUAAAUAAAACAAACCCUGCAUGGUCAGUUCAACAGCAACAUUCGCCUGCAUGGGUCGGUUCAACUGCAAAAACUGAACCUGGAAGCUGGGAUCCACCACAUUGUCAUCAUCAAAAAGAAAAAAAAGGAAAUACAGAGAAGAAAAUAGGAAAAAGUCCAAUUUCUUUGUCAUAAAGCCCAUAAAAAUCUGUGUCAAAGAAAAGCCCGACUCCUGGAGCAGCCCAACAUUGCAGCCUGCUAGGCCGCUCGGCUGCCCUACCAGACUACCAGUCACCGACUCACCGCCGCCGUCUCACCGAGUCCUCCCUCCCCCUAAACCCCAGCGCCGCCUUCGCCCCUUCGCCACCGCGCUAUCGCGACGACGAGACACUGUGCCGUCCCACCCGCUCUUCCCCUGACGUAGCCGGGCCGCCGCGAGGGCCGCCUUUUUCUCCGGCAAGAGUCGCUCUCCACCAUGGCGGCCGCAUCUGCCGCCGCCGAAGCCAACGGCGAGAGGAAGGCAGAAAUCCUCGUACGCGACGACGCGCCGAGGCUGCUCGCCGCCCUCAAGGAGAUGAAGGACGGAUUGGACCUCGUCAGGGGCAAGGUCGAGGACAUCACUCGGAAGGUCAAGGAGAACAAGCUGCCGACGGCCAACGGGAUCGGGUACCUAGAGGCGAAGAACCACCUGCUGCUUGGUUACUGCCAGGACAUCGUCUACUACCUGCUCCGUAAGGCUAAGGGGCUCUCGGUGGAUGGACACCCUGUAGUGCGGAGCCUUGUCGAGAUCAGGCUCUUUCUAGAGAAGAUUCGUCCAAUUGACAAGAAGGCAGAGUACCAAAUCCAGAAGCUUACCAAUGCAGCUGAUGGCGCAACUGCCCGAGAAAAGGCAGGAAAUACAGAGGUGAAGGGGAAUGGCGAGCAUUCGGAUGAGGAAGACCUGCUGAAGUAUAGGCCAAACCCAGAUAUGAUGGACACAAAGUCUGCUCCUGAUGGGCAGGAUAAUGAUGGUGUUUACCAUCCUCCGAAGUUUAUGCCUGCUAUCAUGGAAGAAGAAGAUAAGCGUCGGAAACAAGAUUCAAGGAAAGAUAAAGCAAUAGCACGAAUGGCAAAGGAAAAUCCUUACAUUAAAGAGAUGAUUGAUGAUGCUGCUGACCGGCCUGAAGAGUGGAAGGAAACAGUGGGCGAUGAAAGCAAGGAAUUUGUGAGGUACAUGCGACAGAGAGAGGAGCAAGAGAAACAGGAAGAGGAGCUGUUUACUCGUGCUCCAGUAACCAAACGUGAUAAGCAGAUUGAGAAGCGGAUCAGGAGACAACUUCAUGGGUUGGGAGGCCUAGCCGAUGGUUUUGAUCUUGGAAUGAACAUGCUAUUCGACGGAGACAAAGAAGAUGAUGGCGGUUCAAGCAAGUCGCAUGGCAAGAGUGGAAAGCGAAAGAAGCACCUGAAAAGCAGCAGCAAGAAGAGGAAGAGGCAUUAGUUUUGACACACUGAUAGCCUUUUGAUCUCGACUGGGUUUAGGAAGAUGGCAGUUCAAGCAAGCCAAACGGCAAAAGUUGAGCAGGAGAAAUACCAUGGAAACAAGUAGUGAAGAGUCAGAGCUCCUCAACAUUGAGACGUACUAAUUCUCGAACAGAGAACUUGAUCUGAGCCUAUGAAACAUUUUUAGUUAUAUCUACAUGUUUAGUGGCACAAUUUUGUAGCCAAAACUUCUCCGCAUAUGGUCAAUGUAAUAUUGCUGCUGUUUAACACUAAACUUGCUUCGCUGCACAUAUUCUACAACA